CGGGCGAGAAAUACAAUGACAGUGUUAGAAAACAUAUAUAUCUUACGAGUAUAAGGGGCUGGUAAAACUACUUUAUUUUAUUUAUGAAGUUUAAGGAAUAAACGUUAGCACUGUAGCAAUAUGAUAAAUAAGCAGUCUUUAGCCUUGCAAUAUACCUUACCGCCUCAAAAAAUUAGUAAGUGAGUCAUUUUGUAUGGGUAAUGGCGGUGGUGGGACCACGAACGAGUCGGCAUAUGAUGGCUUUCCCGGGGCCAGCGGCUCCCGCCACCCCACAGCAAGCGAUCCUUGCCGCAGCUCAGCCGUACUAUCACCAGCCAGUUACCAUAACCCAGGAUAUCCAACCCGAUAGACCUAUUGGUUAUGGGGCAUUCGGUGUUGUGUGGUCUGUCACUGACCCUCGAGAUGGGAAACGAGUAGCUCUCAAGAAAAUGCCAAACGUCUUCCAGAAUUUGGUAUCCAGCAAACGAGUUCUUAGAGAAAUUAGAAUGUUGUGUUUCUUUAAACACGAAAACGUCUUAUCGGCACUUGACAUUCUGCAGUCACCACACCUUGACUUCUUUCAGGAAAUUUAUGUAAUAACGGAGUUAAUGCAAAGUGACUUGCACAAAAUCAUAGUUUCACCUCAGCCUCUGACCUCUGACCACGUCAAAGUAUUUCUGUAUCAGAUACUUAGAGGUAAGCCUAAACUAAACAUUUUGUUUUUCUGACUUAUUGUACAACAAAAGGUAUUGAACCAGG